UAGGUGUCAACAUUGAGUCCCAUUAUUCGCUAAAGAAGAGCCGUCCGCCCUCAGCACCAAAAUAGACGGAGCAGCUGAUACCAACCAGAAAUGGCUGCCACCGGAGUUCUUCCCUUUAUAAGAGGGGUGGACCUCAGUGGAAAUGAUUUUAAGGGUGGAUACUUCCCAGAACACGUCAAGUGUAUGAGCAGUCUGCGAUGGCUGAAACUGAACAGGACAGGGUUGUGCUACCUGCCAGAGGAGCUCUCUUCUCUGCAGAAGCUGGAGCAUCUGUCAGUGAGUCACAACAGUUUGACAACCUUACACGGAGAGCUGUCCAGUUUACCAAACUUGCGGGCGGUGGUGGCAAGGGCCAACAACCUGAAAAACUCUGGAGUUCCUGAUGACAUCUUUCAACUUGAUGACCUUUCUGUGCUGGACCUGAGUUACAACCAGCUGACAGAGAUCCCUCGCGACUUGGAGAACAGCAGGAACAUGCUUGUGCUAAAUCUGAGUCAUAACGGCAUUGAUUCUAUCCCAAACCAGCUGUUCAUCAACCUGACCGACUUGCUAUAUUUGGACCUGAGCGACAACAAACUCGACAGCCUGCCUCCACAGAUGAGACGUCUGGUACACCUGCAGACGCUUGUUUUAAACAACAAUCCACUAAUGCAUGCACAGCUGCGUCAACUGCCUGCCAUGGUGGCUCUGCAAACUCUCCACCUACGGAACACCCAGAGGACACAGAGCAACAUGCCAACCAGUCUGGAGGCGCUGACCCACCUAGCAGAUGUCGACCUGUCAUGCAACGACCUGACCCGGGUUCCUGAGUGCCUCUAUUCGUUGGGCAGUUUAAAGAGACUCAACCUGAGCAGCAAUCAAAUCUCAGAACUGUCUCUCUGCAUCGACCAAUGGACUCAGCUUGAGACACUAAAUCUCAGCCGCAACCAACUCACCUCACUGCCUUCUGCAAUCUGCAAGCUGUCCAAAUUAAAAAAGUUGUACGUCAACUCAAACAAGCUGGACUUUGAUGGCGUUCCACCAGGUGUGGGAAAACUGUCGAGCCUGACUGAGUUCAUGGCUGCCAACAACAACUUGGAGCUCAUCCCAGAGGGUCUGUGCAGGUGUGGCAAGUUGAAGAAGCUGGUCCUCAAUAAAAACCAGCUGGUGACGCUGCCUGAAGCAAUCCACUUCCUGACUGAUUUAGAGCUUCUGGAUGUGCGAGAGAACCCAAACCUGAUCAUGCCUCCAAAGCCAGUCGACAGAGCAGCUGAGUGGUACAACAUAGACUUCUCCCUGCAGAACCAGCUGAGACUGGCUGGGGCAUCACCUGCAACUGUGGCAGCUGCUGGAGGAGGCACCAACCUCAGAGAUCCCCUGGCGAGGAAAAUGAGGCUCAGGAGAAGGAAGGACUGCUCACAGGAUGAUCAGGCGAAGCAGGUUCUGAAGGGCAUGAGUGAUGUUGCACAGGAGAAGAAGAAUCUCGAGGAGAACGGGGAUUUGAAAUAUGGAGACUUGAAGACCCGGCGCUGGGACAAGAGUUUGGAGAAGCCACAGCUGGACUACUCUGAGUUCUUCAUGGAGGACGUUGGACAGGUACCAGGUGUCACUGUGUGGCAGAUAGAGAACUUUGUUCCCAUGCAAGUGGAGGAAACAUUUCAUGGGAAGUUCUAUGAAGCAGACUGCUACAUCAUCCUGAAGACAUUUCUGGAUGAAAAUGGUGCCUUGAAUUGGGAGAUCUAUUACUGGAUCGGUCAGGAUGCUACUCUGGACAAGAAGGCUGGCUCAGCCAUCCAUGCUGUGAACCUGAGAAACUUCCUGGGUGCAGAGUGCAGGACCAUAAGGGAGGAGAUGGGAGACGAGAGCGAGGAGUUCAGUGCUGUUUUUCACAACGAGAUUUCCUACAUCGAGGGCGGCACCGCGAGUGGCUUCUACACUGUUGAAGACACCCACUACACUCUCAGGUUGUACAGAGUCUACGGGAAGAAAAACAUCCGACUGGAGUCUGUACCGCUGAAGGCUUCCUCACUUGACCCCCGCUUUGUCUUCCUUUUGGACACUGGCCUGGAGAUCUUUGUGUGGCGAGGAGGAAACGCGACGCUCAGUGGCACGACCAAGGCCAGGUUGUUCGCAGAAAAAAUCAACAAGAAUGAACGCAAGGGCAAAGCAGAAAUCACAACCCUGAUGCAGAAUCAGGAACCCCCAGAGUUCUGGGAGUCAUUAGGGGGUCAACCUGAGGAGAUCAAGAAGCAUGUGCCAGAUGACUUCACCCCUAUUAGACCGAAACUCUACAAGGUGGGCCUGGGCCUGGGCUACCUGGAGCUGCCCCAGAUCAACUACAAACUCUCUGUCGAGCACAAGGACCACAAAGUCAAGCUAGACACGCUUCCAGAGCUCAGGCUGGUCCAGUCUCUGCUGGACACCAAGUGUGUCUACAUCCUGGACUGCUGGUCAGACGUCUUCAUCUGGAUCGGGAGGAAGUCUCCUCGUCUUGUUCGGGCAGCCGCCUUGAAACUGGGUCAGGAGAUCUGCUCCAUGCUGCACCGGCCCAAACACGCCAGCGUCACAAGGAACCUGGAGGGAACAGAGUGUCAGGUCUUCAAGUCCAAGUUCAAGAACUGGGAUGAUGUUCUGAAGGUGGACUACACCCGAGCGGCCGAGACAGUGCAGCAAAACGACAAUCUGCAGGGCAAGGUGAAGAAAGACACAGAGCAGAAGGACCAGAUGAAAGCGGAUCUCACGGCUCUCUUCCUGCCCCGGCAGCCAGCCAUGCCGCUCACUGAGGCAGACCAGCUGAUGGAGGAGUGGAAUGAGGACUUGGACGGAAUGGAAGGCUUCGUGCUGGAGGGGAAGAAGUUCGCCCGUCUGCCCGAGGAGGAGUUUGGUCACUUCUACACCCAGGACUGUUACGUCUUUCUCUGCAGAUACUGGGUUCCUGUGGAGUACGAGGAUGAGGAGGACAAGGACAAGGAGAAGAAGCAGGGAGAAGGCGGGGAGGCAGCAACAACAGCAGCAGCAGAAGAGGAGGAGGAGAAGGCUCCAGAGGAAGACUUCCAGUGUGUGGUGUACUUCUGGCAGGGCAGGCAGGCCUCCAACAUGGGCUGGCUGACCUUCACCUUCUCCCUGCAGAAGAAGUUUGAGAGUCUGUUCCCUGGGAAACUGAAGGUGGUACGGAUGACUCAGCAGCAGGAAAACCUCAAGUUCUUGUCUCACUUCAAGAGGAAGUUCAUCAUCCACAAGGGCAAGAGGAAACAGAACACAGACCCUGCUCAGCCGUCGCUCUAUCAUGUCCGCACCAACGGCAGCGCCCUGUGCACCCGAACCAUCCAGAUUGGAACAGACUCCAGCAACCUCAACUCUGAGUUUUGCUUCAUUCUCAAAGUUCCAUUCGAGAGCACCGACAACCAGGGCAUCGUCUACACCUGGGUGGGUCGGGCCGGCGACCCGGACGAGGCCAAGCUGGCUGAGGACAUCAUGAACUGCAUGUUCGACGACACGUACAGCAAACAGGUCAUCAAUGAGGGGGAGGAGCCGGAGAACUUCUUCUGGGUGGGUAUCGGCUCACAGAAGGCGUACGACGAAGACGCAGACUACAUGAAGUACGCCCGGCUCUUCAGGUGUUCCAAUGAGAAGGGCUACUUCUCUGUUUCGGAGAAGUGCUCCGACUUCUGUCAGGACGACCUCGCGGACGACGACAUCAUGCUGCUGGACAAUGGCAAAGAGGUUUACAUGUGGGUGGGUUCCCAGACCAGCCAGGUGGAGAUCAAGCUGAGUCUCAAAGCCUGCCAGGUUUACAUCCAGCACAUGCGCUCCAAAGACUCGGAACAUCCCAGGAAGCUGCGGCUGGUGCGGAAGGGGAACGAGCCCCACUGCUUCACGCGCUGCUUCCACGCAUGGGGAGAGUUCAAAACGCCACCCGCUUAAACGCACAAAUGCCAAGGCCAAGAUGUUACGUUGCAACAGAACCUGAACGUGCUGCUGCUCAAUCAUAUCUGUUAUUAUCAGGAUCAAACUAUCACCGUCAGCAACAUAACAGCGUGAGGUGCGCUGCCUUACAUUUUACUUUCAACUGUCUUUGCUGCAGCAACUUUGUUGUGAGCACAAAAGACAGGAAGAAUCAGGUAGAAAAUCUAGGGUUUUUUUAAGCAGCUUAUGAUAAUUCUGCGGUUCUAAAGAUGCUUUAUCAAAUCCCAAAGAGGCUACUCCUCCAACAUAUGCAUCUCCCUUCAACUUUUUUUUUUUUAUUUCACUUGUUCGCUUGUUUGGUGCCAUGGAGACAGACAGCAGAUCGUGUUCAUGCUGUGGAACGUCCUCUUCUGGACGGUGUGAGACCCGAGACGCCUUCUCCUUCACAGCCUGACACUCAUCUGCAUGAUCGUGGCUUUUCUGUUCGGUCCCUCCACUUGCUUUCUGAAGUGUUCAGGAGUCGGAGCGUGAGCUACAGCCUUAUUUCAGAGUUCAAAUGUCCAAACAGGAUUUCUCCUGCAGGUCCUGUUUGAAAUGCAGGGAGUCUGGCUAUUGGGAGAAGCCCUCACUCAUUUGUUCCCCAGUUGAUUUAGAAACGCAAGUAUCCACUGGUUGAAUUUCAGCACCACGUUUUUGCUUCUUCCCACUUGAUUUUGUAGGGUUGACCGUGCAAGUGUGUCUGAGUGUAAUUGAGCACAAGCUCCUGAUGCCACCCGCAGAUUUAUUUAUGUAUUUUAUAUUAAAAUAAAAAUCACAUGCUGAAGAACUUAGUUUCAUCUUUUCAAUUUGCAUGAACAGCUCAGUCACAAGACUGUAGCUUGACGUGUUCAGAAACAUCCUGAGAUUAAAAAUGUUUUUUUUUUUUAAUGUACCUGCUUGUUCCCUGUUUAUAUUAUC